ACCUUUAGACGGCUUCAACCCUGACAUCAUAUCACUUCAGACAGCUGGUUGGUUUCUGAAAAUCAACCUUUAGACGGCUUCAACCCUGACAUCAUAUCACUUCAGACAGCUGGUUGGUUUCUGAAACCAACCUUUAGACGGCUUCAACCCUGACAUCAUAUCACUUCAGACAGCUGGUUGGUUUCUGAAAAUCAACCUCUAGACGGCUUCAACCCUGACAUCAUAUCACUUCAGACAGCUGGUUGGUUUCUGAAACCAACCUUUAGACGGCUUCAACCCCGACAUCAUAUCACUUCAAACAGCUGGUUGGUUUCUGAAACCAACCUGUAGACGGCUUCAACCCUGACAUCAUAUCACUUCAGACAGCUGGUUGGUUUUUGAAACCAACCUUUAGACGGCUUCAACCCUGACAUCAUAUCAGACGGAAGGAUUGUCACAUUCAUUUAUUCAUAUCAGUUCACAAGAUAAGAGCAGCAAACGUUUGGGGGCGGAGCCUGGAAGACUUAUCAUCUCAAGGUGACGUGUGUCACGCAACUACACCAAAUGUUUGGAAUAAGCGAAUUGGAAUUAAACCCACAACGCAUCCGCGAUAGCCUGUCAGUGAUGGCUGCUGCUGGAGGUGUGGUUAAAGAUGGAUGCCAAGAGAGCCACGGUCCAAGGUCUGCUCCUUCCAGGUGGACAUCAGCAGAUACCUAUCAGAGCGCUGUCACUCAUUAACGCGCUGCUCAGCGUUUAGACACUCAGUACGCACGUUUGCUCUUGGGAAGACCAUGAAGCUUCAGGUGGGGCUGAUUGUCGCUGCGGCAGCCUUCGCCGCCGCCAGCCCCUUCAGAGAGACGAGGAACAAGCUGCUGCUGAUCUCCUUCGAUGGCUUCAGGUGGGACUAUGACCAGGAUGUUUACACGCCAAACAUGGACCGGCUGGCGGUGGAAGGCGUCAAGGCCAAAUACAUCACGCCGCCCAUGCUGACGAUGACCUCGCCGUCCCACUUCACCACCAUCACAGGCAGGUGGGUGGAGGACCAUGAAGUCGUCCACAACAUGAUGUUCAACACGCAAACCAACCAGAAGGUUCCUCACAAGGAGACGCUGAAGCGAUCUGAGUGGUGGGACAACGGACCCCUGCCCUUGUGGAUCACAGCUCAGAACCAGGGCUUGAAAACCGCCUCCUUCCACUUCCCGGGAGGCGGGGCAAAGUACAGCGGGCAGGGCGUCAACCGAGCGUUGGUAGAGGAGGCGGGACAUCCUGAUGACAACGAGACCGAAUGGCGGCAGAACAUCGACACGGUGCUGAGCUGGUUCUCUCAGGAGGACUUCCACCUGGUGACCUUGUACUACGGCGAGCCCGACAGCGUGGGCCACGCCAAGGGGCCAGACCACUCCGACAGGAAAAAGAUCAUCCGCCAGAUCGACCGCACCAUCGGCUACCUGAGUGAGGCUAUUGGUCGCCACCGCCUCAACAACAGCCUGAACGUCAUCAUCACGUCCGACCACGGCAUGACCACCGUCAAGAAGCGCCCCCUGGUGGAUGAGAUUGUCCUCAACAAGUAUGUGAACCUGCUGAAAGUGGCCAGCUUCGAGAUCCUGGACUAUGGUGGAUUUGGCAUCCUGACGCCGAGGCCCGGCAAGGAGCAGGAAGCUCUGGAGGCGCUGUCCAGGGCGCCCAACUUGACGGUGUACAGGAAGGACGACAUGCCGGAAAGCUUCCACCUGGCCAGGAGCGGCCGCCUCCCUCCCGUCAUCGUGGUCGCCGACCUCGGAUUCAACCUUAACUCUAGAUUCAUCGUCUACGUCAACAAAGGCGACCACGGAUACCAUAACGGCGAGAUGGACAUGAAGAUGAUCUUCAGGGCUUUUGGACCGGACUUUAAGAAGAACUUCCUGUCCGAGCCCUUUGACAGCAUCCACAUCUACCCGCUCAUGUGUCAGCUGCUCAACAUCCAACCGGCGCCGCACAACGGGUCGCUGCAGGCCACCCAGGACAUGUUGCUGCGUGGCGGAGGACCUCAAAGCGUGACGGUGUCCCUGAUGACGCUCAUCUCCAUCCUCGUCGUCACGCUCCUCUAACCUCGAUCCGAGGUCACACUUGCGGGUUUAAGAAGACGUCCAGGAAGAUACUUCUUCGGACUCGAACUACAAGAUUCUCUCAUCCUGAAAUCUGAUUGGUUGCCGGUUAUUUAUGUUGUUUGACACCUUUGUGCGCCACAUUAAACAUAAAGGAGAUUGUCUUUUUAAAGUAAUUUACUGAUUUGAUUACAAAUGUAUGCAUACAACUACAAAGGCAGCAAGCGUGUUCCCACCAUACACAAAAAUAGACUUAUCACACACGUAAAUAUUAACUGGUCAACUUUGUAAAAAGUACUUUUGUCUAUUUUCACCAUAAAACGGUGAAGUAACGGUGAACUUUGACCUCAUGGGCAGCUCAUAGUGACGUCUCUGUGUCAACGACACUCGCAUCUCCUCCGCCACCCACGACAACGCUGGCAAGAUUCUCCUGGCUGGAAGAUACCAUGACAUUAUCAGUGACAUCAUCAGUUUAGUUAUAAGUGACAUCAUCUGUGAUAUAAGUGCAUUCAUCAGUGAUGUCAUUGUGACAUCAUAAAUGACAUGAUGAUGACAUUGAUGACAUCAUCAGUGAACUCAUCCGUAACAUAAAA